CUCUCUCUCUCUCUCUCUCUAUUCACAAAAUAGAAGAGAAAAAAGAAAAAUGAGUGCUUCCAAGUUUAUAAAAUGUGUGACUGUUGGAGAUGGAGCUGUGGGAAAGACUUGCAUGCUCAUAUGCUACACCAGCAACAAAUUUCCAACUUGGAUGCCUGAACUUCGACGUUUUGCUCCAAACGUCCCUGUUGUUCUCGUAGGAACUAAGUUAGAUCUUCGGGAUGAUCGAGGAUAUCUGGCCGACCACGUCAUUACCACCGCCCAAGGGGAGGAGCUGAGGAAACAAAUUGGUGCAGCAGCUUACAUAGAAUGUAGCUCUAAAACUCAACAGAAUGUGAAAGCUGUGUUUGAUACGGCAAUUAAGGUUGUACUGCAACCUUCUCGGAGGAAAGAAAUGGCGGCACACAAGAAAAGACGCACUACUGCCUGCUUAAUCGUGUGA